AUGGCAGCCUUUGCCGUGGAACCCCAGGCGCCCACGUUGGGAUCUGAACCAAUGAUGCUGGGUUCACCCACGUCUCCAAAGCCAGGGGUUAAUGCCCAAUUCUUACCUGGAUUUUUAAUGGGGGAUUUGCCAGCUCCAGUGACUCCACAGCCUCGAUCGAUUAGUGGCCCUUCCAUAGGAGUAAUGGAAAUGAGAUCACCUUUACUUGCAGGUGGAUCACCACCACAGCCUGUUGUACCAGCUCAUAAAGAUAAAAGUGGAGCUCCGCCAGUUAGAAGUAUUUAUGAUGACAUUUCCAGCCCAGGACUUGGACCAACACCUUUAACUUCAAGAAGACAGGCAAACAUUUCAGUAAUGCAGAGUCCUCUCGUUGGAGUUGUAACAACUACUCCUGGAACAGGGCAAAGUAUGUUUAGUCCAGCAAACAUUGGUCAACCCCGAAAGACAACAUUAUCUCCUGCCCAGUUGGAUCCUUUUUAUACUCAAGGAGAUUCUCUGACAUCUGAAGAUCACCUUGAUGACACUUGGGUGACUGUGUUCGGGUUUCCUCAGGCAUCUGCUUCCUAUAUAUUAUUACAAUUUGCACAAUAUGGGAAUAUCUUAAAACAUGUGAUGUCUAACACAGGAAAUUGGAUGCAUAUUCGUUAUCAAUCUAAAUUGCAGGCCCGGAAAGCCUUGAGCAAAGAUGGAAGAAUUUUUGGAGAAUCUAUCAUGAUUGGUGUAAAACCAUGUAUAGAUAAAAGCGUCAUGGAAAACAGUGACAGGUGUGCUUUAUCAUCUCCAUCUCUUGCCUUCACACCACCGAUCAAAACCUUAGGUACACCAACCCAGCCUGGAAGUACUCCUCGGAUUUCUACCAUGAGACCUCUUGCUACAGCAUACAAAGCUUCUACUAGUGACUAUCAGGUGAUUUCUGACAGACAAACACCAAAAAAAGAUGAAAGUCUUGUAUCCAAAGCAAUGGAAUACAUGUUCGGCUGGUAG